GGGCGGGCCAAGGAGGCAGCGGCGUGGAGCUGCCUCCUGCCCGCUGGCCGGGCCGGGCCGAGCGCCCGGCGCUGCAGCUACGCCGGGAUCCUGCCUCCGCCAGGCGGGCUGCCGGGCUCCGGGAGGAGGCCGCUGAGCCCCAGGCCAUGGUCCAGUCUCGCCGGACCUGGAACCUGGGAGCCACGCCCUCGCUGCGCGGCCUGUGGAGAGUGGGCCGGGCCCCGGAGCCCGAGCUGGGGAUGGCUCGCCCCGCCCCGGCCAGCCCUGCCGCCCGCCCUUUCCCACACACCGGCCCGGGGAGGUUGAGAACUGGACGUGGAAAAGACACCCCGGCCUGCGGUGACGAGGACUCUGGUGCCCGAAGUACAGCUCGCCCAGCCCUAGCUCAGUGCCGAGCCCUCAGUGUGGACAGCACUGGCCCUGGGAGCCCCCGCAGGCUCUACCUGAACGUGCAGGCCCUGCAGGACAAGGGGUUCAAGAGCAAGAGUCAGGGGACGAAAGAAGAGAAGCUCCUGAAGAGGCAGGCGCCGGCCCCCAGGCGGGACCGGGAGGCCCAGGAAGCUGGUGGCACCAUGAAUAUAGAGAAAACAGGUGGGCGUCUGUUUGGCAGCGGGAGGUGCUCGAGCCUUUCGGGGCCCCCAGGUGCGGCCCCUGUGGUGCAUAGGAUGGUGGAGGCCAUGUCCCAGCUACAGGAGGACAAAGUCCGGCUGCAGGAGGAGCUGGCGGCCCUACGGGAGAGGCUGGCCCUCCGCGACAGUGACCAGACAACCACAUCUAUCCAGCUGCAGAACCAGGUGGAAAACCUGAAGGAGAGGCUCAUUAGCCAGGCCCAGGAAGUGAGCCGCCUCCGGUCAGAGCUGGGAGGUACUGACCUGGAGAAGCACCGGGACCUGCUGAUGGUGGAGAAUGAGCAACUGAGGCAGGACAUGCGGCGCUGUGAGGCGGAGCUGCAGGAGCUGCGGGCGAAGCCAGCGGCCCCCUGCGCGGGCUGCGAGCACAGCCAGGAGAGCGCCCAGCUCCGUGACAAGCUGUCACAGCUCCAGCUGGAGGUGACGGAGAACAAAGGCAUCUUGUCAGAGCUGAACCUGGAGGUGCAGCAGAAGACCAACCGGCUGGCCGAGGUGGAGCUGCGGCUCAAGGACUGCCUGGCCGAGAAGGCGCAGGAGGAGGAGCGGCUCAGCCGGCGCCUGCGUGACAGCCACGAGACCAUUGCCAGCCUGCGGGCCCAGUCGCCGCCUGUCAGGUAUGUCAUCAAGACGGUGGAGGUGGAGUCGUCCAAGACCAAGCAGGCCCUCAGUGAGACCCAGGCCCGGAACCAGCACCUGCAGGAGCAGGUGGCCAUGCAGAGGCAGGUGCUGAAGGAGAUGGAACAGCAGCUGCAGAGCUCCCACCAGCUGACCGCACAGCUCCGGGCACAGGUGUGCAGGCCGCAUGGGGCUCUGCCAUGUCCCCACGCCNUGUUAGAGGAGAUGCAGUCCCUGGAGGAGGACAAGAACCGGGCCAUCGAGGAGGCCUUUGCCAGAGCCCAGGUGGAGAUGAAAGCCGUGCACGAGAACCUGGCAGGCGUCCGGACCAACCUGCUGACACUGCAGCCAGCGCUGCGGACCCUCACCAACGACUACAAUGGGCUCAAGCGGCAGGUGCGCGGCUUCCCCCUGCUGCUGCAGGAGGCCCUCAGGAGCGUCAAGGCCGAGAUCGGCCAGGCCAUUGAGGAGGUCAACACCAACAACCAGGAUCUGCUGCGCAAGUACCGCCGGGAGCUGCAGCUGCGCAAGAAGUGCCACAAUGAGCUCGUGCGGCUGAAAGGGAAUAUCCGGGUGAUUGCUCGUGUCCGGCCAAUCACCAAAGAGGAUGGGGAAGGACCUGAGGCGACCAAUGCAGUGACCUUCGAUCCUGAUGACGACUCCAUUAUCCACCUGCUGCACAAAGGAAAGUCUGUAUCCUUUGAGCUGGACAAGGUCUUCUCCCCGAAGGCCUCACAACAGGACGUGAGUAUGGCUGUUGGAUCAAGGGAAGGGACAGAAAGCAGUGGAGAGAAGGGAAAGUGUAGAUACGCAUUAGGAAAGGGAGAGAUGGUGAAGGGGUGGCCAGAACGAAGUGUGAGACGGGGGAGCGCAAGGAGUGACAGGAUGGAGAAGGCUCCGCCUCUCCCUUCUUUCUCUCUGGAGAGAAGAGGGUGUGGGAUGCUGGGAAGAAGAGAUCCACGCUGCCCUUGUGGCUCAGAGCGUGUGGGCAAGUCGGGGGCCGAGGGCAGCCGUCUGCGGGAAGCACAGCACAUCAACAAGUCGCUGUCGGCCCUGGGGGACGUCAUUGCUGCCCUGCGCUCCCGCCAGGGCCACGUGCCUUUCCGCAACUCCAAGCUCACCUACCUCCUGCAGGACUCGCUCAGUGGGGACAGCAAGACCCUCAUGGUUGUACAGGUGUCCCCUGUGGAGAAGAACACCAGUGAGACGCUCUACUCCCUCAAGUUUGCUGAGAGGGUCCGCUCUGUGGAGCUGGGCCCCGGGUCCCGCAGGGCGGAGCUGGCAUCCUGGUCCAGCCAGGAGCAUCUGGAGUGGGAGCCAGCCUGCCAGACGCCACAGCCUUCAGCUCGAGCCCACUCAGCCCCGAGCUCUGGGACCACUAGCCGCCCAGGCUCCAUCCGGAGGCGGCUGCAGCCCUCAGGGAAGUCGAGGCCGUUGCCUGUGUGAUGGACACGUCUACCCUGCCGUGCCAAGGGCUGGGUCCCAAGGUCUCACUGGCUUACUCCUGCUGCAGCACGGGGAGCCCAGGAGAUGGAGGCCAGAGUGGAGGCCCCUCUUCUCUGCCUCCCCUCAGAGAUGAGAAACAAGUUCAGAAGGAAAUGGUGUCUCGACUGUGGCUCUGGGUACAAAUGGCAUGGGAUGGAAGGGCAGGAACGGCCUGCCCUGCCUGGCAGAGCCAGGCCUUCAGGGAGGGCCCUCACGGGGAGGGCAGCAGUGUGGGGAGGGGAGGCCCUCGCCGGGGCUGGCCGGGUCUCCCAGCCUGCAGGGCACCCUCUGUAGUGGGUAGCCCGGCAGGCACAGGAGCCAUGGGAACGGGACAGCCCUGCCCCUCUCCCCUCCCAGGGGGGGCCCCCACACUGGGCGUAUACAUAAUGUUCAUUAGUGUACAUAGGAGCACGGCCCUGCCUGCCACGGGCCGCGCUGUAUUUAUGGCUGAGGAGGCCGGAGGGCAGAUCUGCUGCUCCCUUCGUCUGCCUGGCACCAGGCUCUCUCCUUGCUCACUGGCCUCUUGACAUUUUCCUCUCUGAAAUCCUAUUUAAGAACUUUUGGAAGCUUAGCCAUUUUUACUUAUUAAAAUAAAAGCCUUUUUACACAA